UCGGUGCGGUUUGCUUACGCGGCCAACAUCGUUAUAUCAUAUGUAUCGGCAUGCACACAUGCAAAGUCCACGACUUGAGCACAAAUGAAGCGAAGCCUUGCGCGCAUCCACAAGCGCUUGAGGCAAGUUUUGAAUUCGAGCGACCCCAACUACGUGGAGAGCUUGGUAUCAAACAACGAUGAGGGAAUUGUUAGCCAUAUCACCGCGUAUGGCCGGGCCACAGUCGAGGACCUCAACGAAGCAUGCCCGGGCUUCUGCUACGAGCUGGUGAACACCAUACACGUGGUCACGCGCAAGGCUGUAGAGAGCAAGCUGAGGGGGCAUGGAGCUGAUGAGAAAUUGCGAUUGUGCAACUCGGUCGCGCUCCUGAACGUCAGUCCCCCCUGUGCUGUUGCCACCGCUCUCCUACGAGGGGACGUUCUCAGCGUGUUGGCGCAGGGCUUCGCUGCCAUCGCCCAAAGCGGCGAUGAUGCCAGCAGCAUCAGCAGGGGUAGUGGCAGCAGUGGCGGCGGCGGUAGCGGCAGGGACAGCAAGGACAGCAGUCGUGGAGGCGGAGGCGCGGGCAGUGGCACGGCCGAAGAGCUGCGGCGCCUGCUCUUGGUGAUGACGAGUUUGCUAAACAUUCUCAAUGUCGUGAGCGCUGGAUCGAUGCGUGAGUACCAGGCCGCUGCAGGCUCCGAGCUGGCUACCGCGCUGGCUCAGAGCCAAGUGUUGGAGCAUGCCGCGGCGGCGCUGCUACGGCUGGCAGAUCGCCUGCACACGCUGCCUGCCCCGGAUGCUGCGGCGGCCGCCGGCGACGAAAGAGGCAGCAUCGAUGGGGGCAGCGUCGAUGGGGGCAGUGGCGGCGCCGAAAGCAGCACCAGCGGCGCCGGAGGCGGGAGGGGCGGCUCGGCCGGGCGGCGACCGCACCCGAUCGAAGCCCCCCGAAACAUUGUUGUCCGCUUACCGCCUGACCUUGCAGUCACGCCAAAGGAGCUGUGGGGCGUGCACCAGCAAGCGUCAGACAGUUUGAUGUGCGUGAUCAAUUGUCUGGGCACGGGCAAGUACCACCCCUGGGAGUAUCUCAGCGCCAGCGUUGACCGGCAUCCGCAGCUCGGCCCGAUCGGCGACUUUGCACGCACCGACGCGCCAAACCCAGCGGCUAUGGCGGAUGACUUUCGCCGGCUAGUGGUGGGCCCCUCCCUGCAGCUGUUCCUGCUGACAUGCGUGGCGAAUGCUGGCUUGUAUCCAAAACUGCUCUCGGCCGAGCCGAUCCAAAUCCAGAUCCAGCCCCAGCAGCCGCAGCCGCCCACGUGGCCGCCGCUGCCGCAGGCGCUGGAGCUGAGGUGGACGAACUGCCCGCUGCAGCGGCAGACGGUGGUUGGGGCCACUGAUAAGGAGCCGUCCACCUUGGCAGCAGCUCUGCAGGCGGCGGCGCUGGCGCUGCAGGCGACGGUGAUGGGCAGCGGGCCCGUGCUGCCGUUUGCGCAGCCGCCGCACGGGCAUCAACCCGGAGCAUAUCCCCGGCGGCGCCCGGAACACCUGUCGCCCUUCUCCUCCUCGCCCCUGUGUGUGUACGACAUUGUGGCACGCACCUGCGAAGCGGUGGUGGUUAGCAUGGAGCGCGGGGACGCGGCGUCGACAGCUGGCGGCGGCAGUAGCAGCGCCGGCAGUAGCAGCGCCGGCAGUAGCAGCGCCGGCAGUAGCAGCGCCGGCGCCAGCGGCCAUGGAUGUGGUGGCAGUAGUGGCAGCUGCGGCAAUGGCGCCGUUGGCAGGAAGAUCAACAGCAUCUUGAGGCCCCUGCGGCUGCUGGUGCGGCUGCUGCCGGAGCUGCGGCCGCGUCAGGCGGCGGCGCGGCUGCCGGGGCUGUGGCGGCUGCUGGCGGCGGUGCUGUCGCGGCUGCUGGUCGUGCCACCCUCGCAAGACCUCAUAGUUGACAGUGCCGGCCUGGUAAACGAUGCAAGCCUGCUUCUGCGGCUGCGACUGGACGCGUCCGGAGUGGUCCUGCCGCCGCCGGAAUGGCCGCCGCGACAGCCGCCAGUGCCGGAGCAGCAGCCGCGGGAAGGUACGCACGGCAGUAGCAGCGGGGAUGUUGAUGCGUCACCCAAGGCGCCUGCCGCAGGAACAGCAGCAGGCGGCGGCGGCGGCUACAGGCACAGCCUCCUGUGUGCUCUGGACGCGGGGCUGCUGCCGGCGCUGGAGCAGCUGCUGCGAACAGCCUUUGCCGGCACAGCGGCGGGGAGAGGGGCAGGAGCGGCAGCAGCGGCAGCGGGGGCAAGCGGCACAGCGGCGGCGGCAACGGGUGCACCGGUGGGGCUGGCAGGCUCUCGGGGCGGGGCGGCGGAGCGCGUGAUGCUGGCGAUGCACGUCGCCGGCUCCCUGCUGCUUGCUUCAGGCGUGUUUCCGGCGUUGCUGCUGUACGGGUUGCUGAGCGAGGUGGUGCCGUUGCUGGCGACCCUGUGUAGCGUGCUUCGGCAGCUGGCAUCCGAAGGUGGCGACGUGAAGCUUCACACUGCAACGCGCCUGGGUGUUGCGGUGGUCCUGGGCAUGCAGGAGUCGGACGUCUCUGCCGCGAGCUACUGGAAGCUGAUCGUGGGGUCCUUGAUCGAGCAGGUGCAAUGCGUGUUGGACGCGGGUGGAGAGGGCGUCACAGCAGCAGGCCUUACAGCGGCGCCGUCCCAGCAGCAGCCAGAGCAGCAGCCGACUGCGGCGGCGGCUGCUGCUCCCGCGGCCGCUACAGCUGCUUCUGCCGCUGCAACUGCUACUGCCAGCAACACCGUUCCAGAUGGCGGCGAUGAGCAGCCCACCAUUAACAAGUGGCUACAGCCGGCUCGUGUCGACCCCGCCUGGCUGCUGGCGGCGGCGGGGUGUGUGCCGGGUCCCGGAUCGUCCGACUGGGGGUGGCUAUCAGCCAUGCAGUGCAUGUUCAGGCUCUGGGCGCUGCCGGCAAUGAACACCACGCCGGCGAUCUCCAAGAUUGCGCUGCCCAUUGCAGCGCUUGACGUCGCCACGGCUUUGCUGUUUGCACAGCUGCGCGUGCAAUGCAGCCUGCUGCAGGCGUAUGCGCGCUACAGUGACGCGGCAGCUGCAGCUGAGCAAGCCGCCGCCGCCGGCGCCGCUGUCGCCGGCAGUGGCAGCAGCGGUAGGGGUCAUGACGGUGGCGUCGGUGACGGUGACAGCGCAAGGGCCCUCAGCAGCAGCAGUAGCAGCAGCAGCGGCGGCGGCGGCGGCGGCGGCGGCGACGGCGGGCGAAAGGAGGACUCCGGCGACCCAAUCGAGCAACUUGGCGAACACGACGACACGCCAGAGGAGCAGAAGUUGCAGGCCCUGGCGUACUUGCACGAGUGGAUGGGCUACGUGCAGUCAACCGGUGCGAUGCAUCUUUACAUGGGGUGUUUCCAGCUUUUGCGGAGUGCUGCCAUGUUCGCCAAAACCCGGGAGGUCCUCGAGGAGUCCGCAAGAAGCGGCCCGCAGGCGGUGGCGGCGGCGGCGGCGGCGCAAGGUGGCGCGCCUUCGCCGGCGGCGGCGGCUGCAGGCGCGGCGGGAGGACCCGCCGCGACCGCGGUGGCCGCAGCCGCAGCUGCAGAUGCAGCGACUGCGGCUGCGGCGGCUGCAGCAACCUGUGGCCACGUCAAUGCCGGCCCUGGCAGCAGCCGCGCCGAUAGCGGCGGUGGCAGCCGUGCGAUGCCCAUCUUCGUCUUCGGCGGACCAGUGCGGUACCUGUCGUCUGGUGAGCAGCAGGAGGUUGCGCGGGCAAUGCUGGAUGUCCUCGAGGUGGAGGCGGUGUGCCUGCCGUGGAUGCGGCUCCGCACAAUGACCGCUGACUGCCCGGGUCACAGCCUGCCCUUAUUGAUGAUGCCAGCCGAAGCCCUGGACUUCAUCAGCCGCUGUGAUGAGCGGCCUUGGCUGAAGCCGUUCCUUCUGCCGGGGCCAGAUGAGUACACGUGGAGUCAGCCGUGGCUAAAGGUGGCGCCGCCGCCGCGGCCGGUGACGCCGGAGGAGAUGGCGGCCGCGGCGGCGGCGUAUCCGGAGCUGGUCAGGCGGGUGUGUGAGCGGCGCAUGCCACUUUGCUUCGACCAGGCACAUUGGGCGCAGGUGCCCGGGCGGCUUGCGGCUGACCUCUUGCAGCCGGAUAUCGAGCCGCCGGCUGCGGGACACGAUGCGGACCUAGACGGGGCGUCGCAGGCAGACGAGGGUGGUGCGGUUCGCAGCGCGAGUGGGGGCGGCCGAGCGGGUGCGGGUGGCGGUGCGGGUGGUGGUGCGGGUGACAGCAGUGACAGCCAGAGCGCGGCGAGGGGCGCGGCAGCGGUGGCGGCGGUGGCGGCUGCUGCUGCCCCAUGGAUCUGCGGCAAUCCCGCCUGUCGCAACCUGGACGGCCCCAGCGCGCUCAUCCCGCCCGGCGCCGGGAAGACGUGUGCGCGCUGCCGUGACAUAACGUACUGCUGCGGCGCGUGCCAGCUGGCGCACUGGCGUGAGGGGCUCCAUGCAGAGGUCUGCCCGUUCCUGGUUCAGGUGCAGCAGCUGCGGCAGCGGAGCAGCGCCGCGCUCGGGUGAGGGUGAAGCGGAGGCGAAGGGGUCGCAGAGCACGCUGGUGCAGCUUUCUGUAGGCGAGCAAUGGGGCGGGAAGCCGGGGAUGUUAACUUGAUGUGUGUUGGAAUGUUAGCUUGUAGGGAAUGCGAGGGUGCUCUUGAGCUGCUUUAGGGUUUUGGUCUGGUCUGUCUGUUUAAAUGUCAUGUUUGACUGCUUACGUGCAACGGCGCAGAGCUCGGCACGCGCCCAUUCCGCCAUUCGCCACGGCGAUAGGGUACUGCCUGUGCGCAGCGGCCGAGGGGCUCAGCGCGAACGUGUGGCGGGCACAGGCGGGUAGGGAUGUAGGGUGGACAUACCGUAUGUCAUUAUUAUGCGGAGAUAUUUGAGCUCGCGGCUCCCGCGAUGACAAUGCAAGCGUUGCUGAGGAGUGAAGUAUAGAUAUUACAAGCGAAGUACGCACGAAUGUGUGCACGCCAAGGUGGUGGACCUGCGGCGGCGCGUGCGUGCUGCUGGCGAGCAUAGCACAGCACAGUAUAUGGUAGGCCGCACGCAGCAGGAAGGAAUGUUGCGGCUAGAGGAUUUCCUGCUGUUUGAUUGAUUGCUGGCUGUACUACCGUAUUGCUUGACGGCGGGACACGGCUGGACACUGGCCGUGCCUGUACGAACCGACCCCGGCUAUGUCCGGGAGAUGAGGUAGACGCUUGCGGCCUCAGACUAGAUACGUGACGCAGCCCACUUUUCCCAUGAUCUUGCGGCGACUGUUGGGCAUGUCGGCAUUUCGCGGGAUUGUGGCGGCAGGGAUUACGUUUUAUGACAUUGCGAACAUGAGAACUACUGCUGCAAUAUAAAUUGACGUGUAGCUACGCCGGCGAACCAGCCGACACAAGCAGUCUUGCCGACAAACAAC